AUGGCCGAACAAGACAAUGUCAGUGUUGACGGCGAGAACAGAAACUUGAGCGUGCUCAGCUGGGAGCAAGUGCAGCGUCUGGACAACAUCCUCGCCGAGACCAUCCCCAUCCACGGCCGAUGGAGCUUCCCCACGCUGGAAAUGGAGCCGCGACAAAUAGUUAAAAUUGUGAGGAGACGGAUGCAAGCGAAACAAAUAAACGUCCGUGAGGUCAGACUAAAUGGGUCUGCUGCAAGCCACGUCCUGCACGAAGACAGUGGUCUGGGGUACAAGGACCUUGAUCUCAUCUUCUGUGCAGAGCUGAAAGGCGAAGCAGAAUUUCAGACUGUCAAGGAUAUUGUUUUAGACUGUCUCCUGGAUUUUUUACCAGAUGGGGUGAACAAGGAGAAGAUAACGCCGUCAACUUUAAAGGAGGCCUACGUCCAGAAGAUGGUGAAAGUCUGCAACGACUCUGACCGCUGGAGCCUCAUCUCCCUGUCCAACAACAGCGGCAAGAACGUGGAGCUCAAGUUCGUAGACUCGCUGAGACGGCAGUUUGAGUUCAGUGUGGACUCCUUCCAGAUCAAGCUGGACUCGCUGCUGCUCUUCCACGAGUGCUCGGAGAACCCAAUGUCGGCCACCUUCCAUCCCACCAUCAUCGGGGAGAGCGUCUACGGCGACUUUGACACCGCCCUGGCCCACCUCCGCCACAAGGUGAUCUGCACCCGCAACCCGGAGGAGAUCCGGGGCGGCGGGCUGCUGAAGUACUGCCACCUGCUGGUGCGGGGUUUCCGCGCCGCCUCGGAGAGCGAGAUGAAGAUGCUGCAGCGCUACAUGUGCUCGCGCUUCUUCAUCGACUUCUCCGAUGUGGGCGAGCAGCGGCGCAAGCUGGAGUCCUACCUGCAGAACCACUUCGUGGGGCUGGAGGACCGAAAGUACGACUACCUGAUGACGCUGCACGGGGUGGUGAACGAGAGCACGGUGUGCCUGAUGGGGCACGAACGUCGGCAGACCCUGGACCUGAUCACCACGUUGGCCGUGCACGUCCUGGCCAAGCAGAACGUCAUUCCCAGCACCGCUAACGUCACCUGUUUCUACCAGCCGGCCCCAUAUGUGGCUGACUGCAACUUCACCAACUAUUACAUCGCUCAGGUGCAGCCCAUAUUCGCCUGCUCACAGCAUGCGUACGCCGCCUGGCUGCCCUGCAACUGAACCCGAGAGCCAUGGCACAAAAUGGAGGAUUCGCGCACGACAGGGGCUCGGCCCAGCCAGCGGUUGGAAACAAUGGUUGGUCUGCCAUUUUGUUUCUAAUAGAACCCUGGAGAUUUCUGCCAAGGCCUCAAUGGGAAGCUUAAGGCACACGGUUCCUUAACAACACAGGAAACGUAGGGGUCUCCACUCCGCCUCAAAUCCAGUGGUCUGGACUGAGAGGAGGGAAACAGCUGCAUGGCUCCCACCGCAGAAGAAGGUUUAGACUUCUAAACAUAAGCGGAAAUGUUAAUGCUGUCAGCGUAAUAGGACUAACAGUAUCAGUGAAUGUGCUUUCGGAACUAGGGCAGGUCUAAGCACCUGCCCCGCCCUCCCAUGCUCAGAGGCAGGACAGUGGGGCAGCAAUAAG